AUGGUUACUGCUACUCAUCCAUCUACAAUUCCAUCACCACAACCAACACCAUUGUCACCCGUCAACAAUAACACAACAAGUAUUCCUAAACGCCGCCGAAGGAAAUCUGUGUUCCGAUGCUCACAAUGUGGAUCCAUGUUUCGCCUUCCACUAUGGAGCCGCGAAAGUGGCAAAGGCCCUGUGUGCGAUGCAUGCAGCAAUGGUGGUUGUGCUUCCCAUGAUGAUGAUAUCCGCCAAAGAGAACGAUUAGCUGGUGCUUCAUCAUCGCCUGAUAAACCUGCACCACGCAUGCGAGGCCGUAAACGACGAUCACAACACGCUGAAGAUGCCAUCUGCGCCAACUGCCAAACCACCAACACACCGCUUUGGCGUAGAGAUGCUGAUGGGAAUGCUAUUUGCAAUGCGUGCGGUCUCUAUUACAAGUUGCAUAUGGUCCAUCGUCCUAUCACCAUGAUGACCACCGAAAUCAAACGAAGAAAGCGUUCCUCUGAUAAAAAGCGUGCCAACAAAAAGGAUGGUCGUGAUACUGGCGAAGCAGGAGCAAUGGCAGCAGAUCAUGUUGAAGAUGAACAACGCAUGGUGAAAGAACAAGCUGAAUCAUCAAAUCAACGACAACAGACACCAACAGCAACACAAAAAUUGACAUCAUCAUCAUCAUCAGCAGCAUCUCAUUUAUCUUCAUCUCAUCCACCAUUCCCUGGAUCACCAGUUUCUAGCCGCGGUAGCAUUAGUACUAGUAGUGCUGGUCCAUCAUCACCUACAUUGGAAUCCUCUUUCCUUCUUCCACCUUUAUCGCCUAUGGGAUCACCUCGAACGAAUAACACAUUGCAUCAUCAUUCACACAUGUCAAAUAAUGUCAGCGCCGCCACUAGCACCACCAGCAGCUCCGAGUAUAGCACCCAAUACCUGCUUGAAAAACGUCAUGGGCUUCAACAACAAGUGGCACGUCUUUCAUCCAUGCUUUCAGACACCAUUGCUAUGAUUGAAGAUAUUGAUACCAGCUUGGCAUCUGCUCAACCAUCACCAUCGCCACCUACAUGCCAUCGUCCUUUGCCACGUCCCGAGGAUGCAGCCAAAUCAUUACUUAGCCUUGCACGUUUACCACCUCCAUCCUCUGUUCUUACCUCUCCACCUAUGCGACCCCACCACCAUAAUACUACUACCACUACUAAUACAUCACUACCCAGACUUCCUCCUAUCACCUCUGUUGGAUCAUCUCCACCACCACCUUUUGAAUUCUCAUGA